AGCACAAAGCUACAAGGAGAAAAUGGUGAGGGAAAGGGAUGAUGGAUCUCUCUGCAUUCACAUCUCAUCCAAAUUCCUUGCAAAAGUUGUAAAGGGAAUUCAGUACCGUGGGCUGAGCCGACACGUUUGGAUCUUUUCCUCUUCUUUUGCCAAUUCCCCAUCAUAAUUAGAAUGAUAAUACCUACCUUUCACCUUCAGUUUCCUUCUUUGAACCCACAUUUUUUUUUCACAUUUGACCUACAAGCAAACCCACAUAAUAAUUUCUCACCUCUCAGCUGUGGACCCUUGCAUUCUCUGCUGCAUUUGCCCUCUCAGCUCUUAGCAACCUCCUGGCCUUCUCAAGUUUGGUAACAGAUUUGUUGUUUUUAUAGUGGUUGUUGAAUGGUCUGGAAUUGAGCUUUGGUUUGGUUGGUUUUCCAUUGGUAAUGAUUGGAUUUGAUUUUGGCCCCUUUGGGGCUGGUUCUAUCUGAGUUUUGUGUGUGAUGGCUGGGGUUGGCCACGCCCACAAGCAUUAGUAAUCAUUCAGAUUUGGAACAUUCUUAUGUGUUGUUUCUGAUUCUAUAAUCUGCCUUUUUGGGUCUUUGGGGCUUUUGAUUUUGGAGGCAUUGUGAUAGAUCAUAAUUGAAGGCAUUGGUGCUGCAUAGUGAAGAUAAUCAGUGUGUUUGUACUAUAUCUGAAACCAUGGUUCUUGGGCUGAGGACGAAGAAUCGUAAAGGCGUUUUGGUUAAGGUUGAUUAUAUAGUUCAUGUUCAGGAGAUUAAACCUUGGCCACCCUCACAGUCCGUCAGAUCAGUUCAAUCUGUGGUUUUUCAAUGGGAAAAUGGUGAUCAGGCUUCUGGGUUUCUUAGUUGUAGUGUUGGAAAUGGGAGAAUUGAAUUCAGCGAGUCUUUUAGGCUUCCUGUUGCUUUGUACAAGGAUGGAAAAAGCCGGGGGCGUGACAGUUUCCAGAAGAACUGCUUAGAGUUCAAUCUGUAUGAACCUCGAAAGGACAAAACAGGGAAAGGUCAAGUCUUGGGAUCGGCUAUAAUAAACCUUGCGGACUAUGGGAUUAUAGAAGAAGCCAUUACCAUUAGCACUCCAUUGAAUUGCAAGAAGAGUCAUAGGAAUAUGGUGCAGCCAGUUAUUUUUCUUAAAAUUCAGCCAUUUGCAAAGGAUAGCACCAGUUCAUCGCCAGUGGUCAGCUUAUCAAAAGAGGCAUCAUUGGAUCAGGACGGAGGUGAAUCCGUUUCAGAAUUGAUGAGCGAAGAAAAUAAUGAGGAAGUCGAGAUCGCCUCUUUUACUGAUGAUGAUGAUGGUGGUGCUUCCUCACAUUCAUCACGCAUCAUUUCCUCUUCUGCUUUUGAGACCACUGGAUGUUCACCGGCCCAAACUGAAGAGAAUGGAUCAGGAUCAGCAAAGGAUAGCUUAAGAAGGAACAAUGAAGAGCCUGCCCCAUCUUUGGGACCUGCACCUGUAAAACCAGAGGCAAAUUCUGUUCCUGAAGCAUCCAAACACCUGAAUUGGAGUUCAUCCCUUUUAUCAACAGGCUUGUUGACUAAACUUGAGAGCCCUGUAAAUGAUGAGGUUUCUUUUUCUGAUUUUUCCAAGAAAAGCUCAAUGUCAAGCCCAGAAGAGACUGUUACUAAUCAUGUUCAAUCUUCUUCCUCCUCCUUUGGUUUUCAAGGAAAAAAUGAAGAGUCUGGUAAGGGCACAAGUUUUGAGCGGACAGUUAUUGUCCGUGGGAAGUUUGCUGACAGAAGUGCCAAAAUUCUGAGUAGUACUGAAGAAUCCAGUAGGAGCAAUUUCAUUGACAACCUUGCAACCAAAGUCACACCCUCAGGAACAAAAAUUCAGGUGGGUGUCAGCUCUAACCUUGUAGCAACUGUAGAAUCUCAAGCCAAUGGAAAGGAUGAUGAGAAAUCACGAAGGUUAAACAAAAAUGACCAAGAGGAGCCUACAACUGUUGCUGAUUUGCAUGUUGAUCUUGACGAAGAGGAAAAGGAGCAGCAAGAAAAUGGACAGGGAGAACAGAACUUGGUGAAGAAGAAACAUUCUUCAGAGAAUGAAUUAGUUAGUAAAUUUACCCAAGAUGUUACCAGGAAGCAAGUUGCAUUAAGGAGUAAUACUCUUGCGUUCAACAAGAGAGUGCCUGAGAUGCAGGGAAGUUUGGUAACCAAUCAUAAACUAAAGCAUGUGAAGUCUGUACAGUUAUCUUCUGAGAGAGCUAAACCUUUUGGGUUGUUGGACCAUAGUCCACUUAUGGAAAAGGAAAAGGAAAUUGAUAUUCAGGAAGAUUCUCAUAAAGAUGCUAAAGGUUUUGCAGCAAGUGAAAGAAAGGAAAGAAUAAAUAACUUUUCUGACAGCAAAGUUGAACUGGAGUCUAGAAUUAAGAUGCUUGAGGAAGAGUUGAGGGAGGCUGCUGCCAUUGAGAUUGGCCUUUACUCGGUUGUUGCUGAGCAUGGAAGUUCUACAAAUAAGGUCCAUGCUCCAGCUCGGCGUCUUUCUAGAUUUUAUCUUCAUGCUUGCAAAGCAAGGACCCAAGCUAAGAGGGCAAGUGCAGCCAGAGCUGCUGCUUCAGGAUUAGUUCUGGUUUCUAAAGCAUGUGGAAAUGAUGUUCCAAGGUUAACUUUCUGGUUGUCGAAUUCAAUUGUAUUGAGAGCAAUUGUCAGCCAGGCUGUUGCGGAAAUGGCACUUUCUGCUGGACCUUCCACUGGAAGUGGUGGAAGUAGAAACAGGUACAAUAAAGAAGAAAAUAAUGCAAGAGAGAGUUCUGAUGACUGGGAGGACCCACAAACAUUUAUUCUUGUGUUGGAAAAGAUUGAAGGUUGGAUCUUCUCCCGAAUCAUUGAGUCUGUGUGGUGGCAGACCCUUACUCCCUACAUGCAGUCCACAGCUGCAAAGAUUAUUGAUGGAAGUAGGGGUUCAAACUCAAGGAAAACAUAUGGAAGGAGACAUUCUUUGGGUGAUCAAGAGCAGGGGAAUUUUUCUAUUGAACUAUGGAAGAGGGCAUUCAAAGAUGCCUGUGAAAGGCUUUGUCCUACUCGAGCUGGAGGGCAUGAGUGUGGCUGCUUGCCUGUGCUAUCUAGAUUGGUCAUGGAACAGUUGGUCAGUAGAUUAGACGUGGGAAUGUUCAAUGCUAUUCUUCGUGAAUCAGCCGAAGAGAUGCCAACAGAUCCUGUGUCUGAUCCCAUCUGUGAUUCUAAAGUUCUCCCAAUUCCAGCUGGAAAAUCAAGCUUUGGUGCUGGUGCUCAAUUGAAAAAUGCUGUAGGGAACUGGUCGAGAUGGCUUACAGAUCUAUUUGGUAUUGAUGACAAUGACGCACCUGGAGAUACAAAUGAAUUUGGUGAUGACAAGAGGCUGAAAUGUGAGACCUCCUUCAAGGUCUUCCAUCUCCUUAAUGCAUUGAGUGAUCUCAUGAUGCUUCCAUUUGAAAUGCUAGCUGAUAGGUCCACAAGAAAAGAGGUAUGCCCAACUUUUGGUGUACCAAUCAUCGGGAGGGUCCUUGACAAUUUUGUCCCAGAUGAGUUCUGUCCCGACCCAAUUCCAGAGGUCAUCUUUGAAACCCUGGAUUCUGAGGACUCUCUUGAGGGUGCAGAAGAGUCUAUCACAAGCUUCCCAUGCAUUGCGACUCCCCCAGUCUAUUCUCCCCCUUCAGCUGCUUCAUUUGCAAGCAUCAUAGGGGAGGUGGGAAGCCAAAGUCUGCAGAGGAGUGGGUCAUCACUGCUUAGAAUCCACAUUAGCGAUGAUGAGCUUGAUGAACUGGAUUCCCCCAUAACUUCAAUAAUCGGUGACAACAGCCGAGGUACUCCUACUUCAACAAAACCCAGUUGGCUGCCUAAGGGAAAGGGGGGUAGGGAUGUUGUGAGAUAUCGACUCCUCCGGGAAGUAUGGAGGGAUGGUGAAUAGUCACACUUCUUUAAUAUACAAAAAGCAUAUAUCAUAUUCAGUGUUCCCUUUUUUGAGUUUUUGAGUUAUUUUGGUUUCAUCAGAGUUGAAGAUAUAUGGGCUCUUCCCAUUUGGGGAAGAGUUUUAACAUGCCCAUACUGUACAGAUAAAAAUUACUACUAGCCAUGGUUUUAUGCUGAUAAUCAUUCAUAGUAUUGUUUUUCCUGUAUAAACCUAUUUAACUUCUUUUAUGUUCAACUUGUUGGUAGCACCACUUUCUU